ACAGCGCGGCUGGGUGUCUCCAGAAAUGCAACAAACUCCUUUUUUUAUUUUUAUUUUAAAAGGGAGAUUACAACAAGAGUAAUUUAAAAUAAAGAAAAAUGAGGACGUUUUUCUUGGCAAGCGCAGUUGCGUUCCUAGCUGCAGUUUGUGCUCAGCGUGGUAGGUCCGGGGCUCCGAGAGGCUUCUCUGAAUACCGCUCCUGGAAUUCGCAGAUGUAUCCUGUCUGGGAUGAUGGAGAUUCCAGAUACUGGGACUGCUGGAGAGGUGGCAACGUGUCCUUCAAAGUCAGUAACGAUGGCCCGACCCUGACCGGUGCCAAGGUCACCUUCACCAUCCAGCUCAGUUUCCCUGGCAACCAGACCGUGCUGCCCGACGGACAAGUGGUGUGGGCGCAGAACUGCACAGUCAAUGGGACUCAUUUCCGGGAGGGGGAGCCCGUGUAUGGCAAUGACACUUCGGAGGACUGGGACGGGGUAUUCCCAGACGGGACUCCUAUGAGGACCUUGGGCAGGAGGAAGUCCAAGUUCGUGUUUGUGUGGAAGGUGUGGGGGAAGUUCUGGCAGGUAGCGGACGGCCCCUUUUCCUCUCUGACUGUCGCCACUGACUAUGUCCCUCUGGGCUCCUACUCCGUGGAGGUGGUGGUAUAUCACUCCCGCGGACGAGACCAGUUCAUCCCCAUGGGCUCGGCCACCACUGACUUUGCAAUCACAGAUCAGAUCCCGUUCUCUGUGUCUCUCUCCCAGGUGAACGACUUGAACCAAGCAGACCAGAGCUUCAUCCAGAACCGGGCUGUCUCCUUCACCGUCCACCUUCACGACCCCAGCCAGUACCUGAGCAGCUCCGACAUCACCUUCAACUGGGACUUCGGGGACAACAGCGGCACCCUGAUCUCCCGCGGCCUGGCCGUCACUCACACCUACCUGACCGCCGGCUCCUUCCAGCCACUGGUCCUUCUGCAGGCCACCAUCCCCGUGGCCGGCUGCGUCACACCAGGAGACCCCCUGACCCCCGGAGGCCCCACCGGGAGCGCAGGCCUGGUCUCCUCGGAGCCAGCCACUCGGCCGCUGGGCACCACCGCGUCUUCCGCCUCAGUUGCCCCGGUCGUGGUAUCUACCCCAGGGCCUGACCAGACCUCGAAUCCAGCUGACCAGGACUUGGCGGUGUCUGGCUCUGCUGCUGCCCCGGCUGCAGGAGAAGACUCCAUAGCUGUCGAGGCGUCGGUUGCCCCAGCAGCAGCAGGAGGAGACGGAGUUGCCGAGGCAGUCGCGUCAGUUGCCCCAGUAGAUGCUGUAGACACAGUUGCCCCGGUGGAGGCUGUUGAUCCAAUUGAGACGGUUGCCCCUGACACAGUUGCCCUAGCUGCAUCAGUUGCCCCUGUAGAGGCAGUUGAUCCCAUGAACACAGUUGUCCCAGUUGCAGAGACAGUUGCCCCGGGAGUAGCCCAGGCCUCGACUUCAGUAGCUGCUGUGGAGGAGCUCGUCGCUGUGACCCCGGAGAGCGCAGAUCUGGUGGCAGUGGAGACUGGUGUGGAGGCCAGCAUGGUGACAGUGGAGCCCAGCACGAUGGCUGCAGUGGCAGUGGAGGCCAGCACGGUGGCAGUGGAGGUCAGCACGAUGGCUGCAGUGGCAGUGGAGGCCAGCACGGUGGCAGUGGAGGUCAGCACGAUGGCUGCGGUGGCAGUGGAGGCCAGUACGGUGGCAGCUGAGGUACCAUUGAUUGUGGCCAAGAGGCAAGCACCUGCAACAGCUGAGGAGAGCUGCCUCCUCUACCGAUAUGGAUCCUUUUCCACCAGCAUCGACAUAGUCCAGGGUAUCGAGAGCGUGGAGAUUGUGCAGGUGCAGAAUGUGGAGCUGGAGGCUCAGCAGAAUGCAGUGGAUCUGACCAUCACCUGUCAGGGCAGCGUCCCUAGCGAGGUGUGCACAGUGAUCUCGGAUGCUGAUUGCGCGGUGCCCGUGCUGACGGCGUGUAACGCGGUGCCGCCCUCGCCAGAGUGCCAGCUCGUCCUGCGGCAGAUCUUCAAUGAGACAGGCGUCUUCUGUGUCAACGUCUCCAUGACCAACAGCGUGAGCCUGGCCAUGACCAGCACCCGAGUCAACAUCAAUGCAGCAUCGGGCUCGUCCACGGCUGCCACGGUGGUGCUGAUCGUGGGGAUGCUGUCCGUGGCCAGUGCAGUGGGAGCAGUCGUCUUCACUUACAGGCGUCUGAAGGACUACCGGCCCCUGAACGAGGACCCGACAGGCAGUGUGCAGACGGGCCGGGCAAGCGAGAGGACCUCUGUGCAGAUCUUCCUGCGCAGCGUGUUCACUCGGCAGCCUGUAGGGGAAAACAGCCCUCUGCUGCAGGGGAGGGUGGUCUGAACCAGGCUGGGACCACCCACUGACUGCCUCCCACCACAACCAGCCAAUCAGUCUACCUGAUUCCAGGACCAUACAUCUCAACCAACCAAUUGAGUGUCGGUUUUCUUAAACCCAUCUUUACCGACCCCCUUUUAUAUUCAAUCCCUGGCCAUCUUUUGAAGGAAGCUGGUUUCACAGACCGAUUGACACUAAUCUCGCAGUUCUUAAACUAGUUAAUGUUUGUCAGCAGAUUUGAGUUUAUUUUCAUAUUGCUAUAUACUGCUGGUUUACACAGAUCAUCUCGUAAGUGAGAUUAGGAUGUGGUUUAAGAUUACUUGCAGGAAUGUAUACACAAGGGUUGCUCCUGACAAUAAAUGGUUAAAACUGAAAGGUGGUGUCUUCUCUUUUGAUGGUGCUCUGUUAGGAUUUUCAAUAUGUAGAAAGAUUGCAAUCUGUUACAAGUCAUUGUUUCGUGGAACUCAAAACUGAGAUUCUGGAUUCCAGUCCCAGUUCAUUGAGGGCAAGUCACGUCAGUCUCCUGGCCCAGCCAAGCUGUGUGAUGAUGUAGGAGC